UGCCAUGAAAUACUGUAUAAGCCUCCACUAGAAUUCUCAGCCGAAGAAAUAAACAGCCUCAGAUGCAGAGCAAAGGGAGCAAAACAAUCCAGAGUUUAAAAGUGAACCUCUUUACUAGCUUCUCUCUCCCACAUAGUCAUUGGAUCACUGCCGAGAGGGGCGGAGCCAAAGGGGCGCUGUCAGUGCCUCUUUUCCCGCCUGCGCUUUCAGUUCUCAACGAGGUCCGACUCUAGCUUAUAAUUACUCUUGACCAAGCAGUAACCUGUUGCAUCCUGUACGUUUGCGAUAAUUUAGACAAUCAUGUCUGGACGCGGCAAAGGCGGCAAGGGUCUGGGUAAGGGAGGCGCUAAACGCCACCGUAAGGUUCUGCGCGACAACAUCCAGGGCAUUACCAAACCAGCUAUCCGUCGCCUGGCUCGGCGUGGCGGUGUGAAGCGCAUCUCCGGCCUCAUCUACGAAGAGACCCGCGGGGUGUUGAAGGUAUUCCUGGAGAACGUGAUCCGGGACGCCGUCACCUACACCGAGCACGCCAAGCGCAAGACUGUCACCGCCAUGGACGUGGUCUACGCGCUCAAGCGCCAGGGGCGCACUCUCUACGGCUUCGGCGGCUAAAGUGUCAUUCUAUACAUUUUUUUUUUUUAAAGGCCCUUUUCAGGGCCGCCCACCUCCGCUCAGGAAGAGCUGUACGCGACUUCCGUGUUCAAAACGUAUCUGUUGGAAAAAAAGUGGUUCUGUUUUAAGG